AUGGUGGGCCAAACGCUGGAUACAGAAUCGAAAAAGCAUAUAGCAUGUCUUGGUUGUCGUAUUAGAAGAAGGAAGUGUGAUGGUCUUAAGCCUAUUUGUUCAGCAUGUGUUGAUUUGAACAUUCCAGUCAGAUUGUGCGUGUAUCAUGAUGCUAGGAUUGGUUAUAAGGCCGAUAAAGCUGAAAAGACUUUAGAAAAGAUAAAGGAACAGAACCUGAAAUUGAAGAAAGAACUACAAAAGCUGAAGAGAUCUUCUUCGGGAAAUCUAGUUUCAACUAGUUUUCCAACUAGACAGGCUCGAAAACGUCAUCAAAAUGAUCCAUAUUUGUUGCAUCUCCCAAACAAAGCACACAAAAAAAAUCCAUUAACUGCUACAACUGUGGAAUCCUCAGGAAGUUUUGUUCAUUAUGGUCCAAUUUCAUGGUACGCUAUAGCUUCUACCAAUGAGACAUUGAAAAAUAUAUCAGGUUGGUUUGUCAAUGUGAUAAAAAUGGAAAAGGAGAGGUAUGAUAGAACAAGGAGCUCCCAAAGACAUUACGGUGAAGGAAACCCAAAACUCAAAGCUUUAACACAAUCAUUGGUUGAAACCUCAUUGGAUAUAAGGCAACAUGACACGCAUUUGAUCUUGCAACAAUUGUUGGUUGAGAUUAGCAUGGAUUUGCCGCCAAAAGACACACUGGACAAAUUAUUAGCAUAUUAUUUCCACGUUAAUAGUCAGCGUACAGUUGGGUUUGUGUAUGUUGAUGAAGGACAGUUUUAUGAGCAUUACAAAAUAUACUUACAAUUUGAUUCAAAAGGAACUACUUCACUCUUUUACAAUGGUGAUCAGGACUGUCUUUUAUUUGUCAUGCUGUUAUUGGCUGCCUUAGCAUAUACCGGGUUUUUUGCAAGCAGAAGUAUCAUUGAUAAUGUACCAGACGUUCAAAUAAACCAUAUACUCAUGAUUGAAUAUUUAGAGGCGUUGAUAGCUGCCUCUGGUAGUCACAGGGUCCCUGGAUCAUCAUCAUUUAUGCCAUAUUUAUGCCCGGAAUACCUUAUAGUCCUGAUCCACCUAGGUGUUUUCGAAAGAUGUACACCACUGGGAAGAAGGUUACAAGGUCCUAUGGGUAUAGGUGAUUCAUUAGCUUCCAAACAGGCUAUUUCGUGUGCAAAAGUUUUGAAUUUGGAUAAAGACAUUGAUCUCUAUUACCCAGAUAAGUCCGAAAAUUACAAAAGAGGAUUGAAAUCAAUAUGGACGUGCUUGGUGUAUUAUGAUUUGUCUGAAGCUUUAGAUACAGGUAUUGACUUGAAAAUAAAGCCUGAAGAUUUAGUCAUGUAUGAAUAUGAUACAUCCCCUUAUGUUAGAUCGCUGGUUGUUUUGAAUAAGGUGUUGAACCAGUUUAACGAAAAAGCUGUUGAAAUUUCAGGGUUGGAGCUAACAGAUUAUAUUGAAAAACAACUGGUAUCACAAUUAGAUAAAUUUUUGUCAAAUGACUUACCCUCAGGUGCUUCAGAUCUUCAAUAUUUAAGAUCUUUUGACUUUGAUGAUAUAGCAGGCUCUUCAAAAUAUGUGUCUACGUUACAAAUGGCUGCCAUAAAGAUGUUAUUUUAUUCACUUUCACAGUCACUAUAUCAGUUUUGUACCAAAAUGGCUGAACAAAAUAAUGGUAACUGGAGAAGAUAUGAACUUUUGGCUAUAAAAAAAGGUUCAACAUUGAUGCAAUACUUGAAAGAUACUAUAGAGGCUGUUAGAAGAUUGAUCUUACAUGAUAAUGCUAAAUAUUUUUCUUUGAUUCCAACUCUUCAGAUUGUGGGUAAACAAGUGACUUUCUCACUAAGAAGGUGUACUCUCUUCGGUGGACAUUUGGCUUUGAGGAACUCUAACCAACGAUAUAAUUACCAGGUAUUGAAUGAAUUGGUGAAUGAUCCACAAAAAUAUGCAAAGUCACUGAUGAAAUCUACAGUCCCAAGUAAACGUUAUGAAAUUUUCUCAUACAACAUGCAAGAUUUGGAAGAUCUAGAGAUUGAGAAAGACUUGAACUUGAUGAAGCAAAAACUUAGUCACUUAUUUGAAAGCAAGUUUUUGAUUUUCAAACUAUCAAGAAUGAUCCAAAUGGUUGCAAAAGCAUUGGAUAAUGACAAGUUCAAUUUGAAUUUCGUGAAAUUGAAUUACGUGUUCUUCUACUGCAGCAGUGCCAGUAAUUUGUUUCUUUCAUUGGCAUACCCACCAGAGGAUAACACAAAGCUAAUGCUUAUUCCAAUCAAUUCAGAUCCUCAACAUAUUGAUGGGUCUGCUGAAGACGUGCCAGCUCCAGAGUUCAAUUUUAACGAUCUUUUCAAGUCAUGUAUUGAUACAACCUCAGAUAAUUUUGAUUUCAAGUCAUUUUUUACUGGUUCCACUGAUCUUUAUCAGAAGAAUGAGUUUGAUGAGUUCUUCCAAUCCUUGGAUGCUCCUGGGACAGACAGCUUGAAUGAUAAGCUUCCAGAUUUUUAG